CCGAUGGAAAUGCGAGCGCCUGAGAGGCAUCGGGCGUUUGAUCGGAAGCCAGAAUUGGACGAAUCUCAGAUGCAAACUUGGGUUUCGUUUUUAUCUUGAUUUCCUGGCGCCUCGCAAUUUCGGAUCUGAGCCAAGCCUCGCUUCGCGCCCACCGAUCCUCUUUGCCUCUCUCUCUCACCGGACUGCUUAAAUAUGCCUCCCUCUCUCCCGCCAGUUCCCCCACCGCCCCCUCCUCCUCGCCGUCGCUGACAACAGCAAUGGCCGACGUUUUGGCCUUCGAUGCUUUCGCCUGCUCUAACUACUUCUCUCACCGAGCCAUCCCUAUCCCACCCCCCGUUAUGGACUGUUCCCCAAAGGUCGCCACCGGACCCGGACCCGUCUACUACCGCCAGCACGAAGUCAUCCAACUCGUAGAGGUCUCCGCGCCCCCUCCGGCUCCCCAUCCGUCCACCAUAACCACAAGCUCUGUCCCCUCCUCGUCUGCAUACACCGAGUCGUGCUCCGAAGAGUCCGUUAGCGACGAAGACGAGGAGUCUGCCGUGUCCUCGUACUGCUCCUCGGACGAGGGCGACGAGGCCACCCGUGCCUGCUACGAUGACACGUACGGUACAAGGUUGAAGCGCGUCCUUGCCUGGCGGGACCGCGCUGCAAAAGCUCUAGGGGCAUUUGGUAUGUUCAUUUCCGUCGGCUCCGCGUGGGUAUCUGCUGACUUUUAUCCUGCUCAUACAGUGGAGUCCCCAGCACAAACUGGUGUGUCCCUCACCAAGCGCAGACUGGCUGAUGACAUGGUGAGUGUCCGCCUGCUCCUUGCUGUGUUUACCCAGGCCCUCAUUACGACCUGCCUCCGCAGAUGUCACGCCACUCAAAACAAAUGGGCAAGUCACACCGCAGCCUGAGCUCCCACUCCUGCUCCGCCUGCGACAGCGACUUCCCGACACAGCAGAGCCUUCGCGAACACGCGCGGGUCUCUUCCGCAAGCGAGGCUUGCAGGGCUGCUGUCGAGUACGGAUUCGAGUCAUGACCGCCACGUUCUCCAGAUCCGCGACUGGCACGAACCCUGUUUGGACUAUACCCGCAUCUAUACCCACCUCAUCGUGGCUCCCCAUCGCAUCCCACACUGCAUGUAUCUUUAUUACUACAAUUUGCCCCGGUUACGUUCACGACCUCUGACGCACAUGGCUCGGCAUACACUAUUAUUACUACUAUUUCCUCACGCCAUGAACACCCUGGCUUUGCACCACAUUUAGUGUAUUAUUGUAGAUAAUGCAGUCGGCAUACUCGCAAUACACCGUUACAUUAUUCGAAUCAUUAUCCGAAUGCUAUGCUCUGCCCCUCUCACGCCAAUGCGCGUGCGCGACCUUCCCCACCCAAAUGGCCAGUUUCAUG